CAUCACCCCAAAGGUGGGAAAUGGAACGUGGAACUCCGGGGAAUUUGAGAGGUGACGGGGCUGUACCUCGACCGGCUGCACGUCCAUGGUUUUUCGCCGCCGGCUCCCAGCCACCAUCUCCUCGUCCUCCUCCUCCUCCUCCUCCUCCUCAUCGCCGGGCUUAAGCUCGGCCGCGGUGGGGGCGGCAAAAACGUUCUCCAAGCUAGGACGGUUCCUUUUGCGGACCGACACCCGCCGGCGGAUGCGGGAACAACCUUCAUCCAUGGCAGGGGCUGGGGGCCCUGCCCGAACGUCGUUCCGCGUGAUCCAGCCGCCAAACCCCAGUGAAGGGGUGAGCGCAGCAACAGGGGGAGGGUAGCAACAGGCGGAAACUACGCUCGCCUCUCCAUCCACCUUUGAGAAGGAUCACAAACCAAUUGUCGGGGCUUUGGGGCCGGAAGCGGAGGCACAGACGCAGGAGCCCGCCCUCUCUUCGUCCAAUCCGUUCGCCUUCGGAACCUUUGAACCGAGUAUUUGGGCCAACAGGGGAAGCAUACCGGAAGUGACUUGUCCAGACGAUUUGGAAAAAGGAAAGGAAGAGGAGGAGCAACGAACCAUGGCAGCUAUGGUAGCCCUUUGCAGUGGGCUAGGAAGGAGAACGUUAAUGCACUUCGUAACGGCUGCUGUCUGCCUCACAGAUUCUGGGACUCAUGCAGUGCUGUGGAGAAGAAGUUGUUCACAGUAUAAACAGGUAACCAGCAAUGAGGACCUGCCUUAUCCAAUGGAAAAUCCUUAUAAGGAGCCUCUGAAAAAAUGUAUCUUGUGUGGAAAACGUGUAGAUUAUAAGAAUGUACAGCUUUUAUCCCAGUUUAUUUCUCCAUUUACUGGAUGCAUUUAUGGAAGGCACAUAACAGGUCUUUGUGGGAAGAAACAAAAAGAAAUCACAAAAGCAAUUAAGAGAGCUCAAAUAAUGGGGUUUAUGCCAGUUACAUACAAGGAUCCUGCAUAUCUCAAAGACCCUAAAGUUUGUAACAUCAAAUACAGGGAGUAAAUUCUAUAAAGUUUUCAUCAAUAAAUUUAUUUUACAGUUGUGUGGUGGUAA